GCUCUUAAGACGGUGACGUAUCAAGACAAUCAUGUUCUUAGAAAGUUGUCAUCCAACGCGGGUGUUGCCUUUUUAUGGACUAGAUGCGGAGAGGUACAAGAAGGGCUUUAAGGAUAUGAAAAAACUUUAUAAGUGGGUGACGGGUUGGCGGUUUUUCAGUCGAGACUUAAGAAUGCGCUCCCCUUCUUUUCCAUGCCCAAUUAUAGGCCGAUGCUACGAACAAGCAGGAAGCAGAACCACAGGGCCAAGCAGAGGUAGGAUGCGCGAGCAAAGAAGUGGGAGAUGCGGCUGUGAUAUAGCUCAACGAUACGUGUGGUAGUCACGUGACCAUACCCCGUGUGCUCUUUCCGUGCCUGUGCGGUUAUAGAAACUAAACGUUCAAGUCCAAACAUGCGUUGAAUAAAAAGAACGGGACAGACAUAGGAAACCCUCUAGGUUAUAUAUCCCUCC